AUGACGCAGGUGGCGCACGCCGCGACCACCCGCCGGACCGUGGACGCCGCCCUGCGCGACGCCACGACGAUCAAAGACAUCAGCGAGCUGCGCGGUCUGUCCGGGAAGGUCGACUCCUCGACGUACGACAUCGACGACAUCGACCUGCGCGACGUGACGGACGUGUCGUACGUGUCGCGGCGGCGCAUGGACGACGCGACGUUCGACCCGAACGCGACGGACGAGGAGGGCCUCCCGCUCGUGUACAACGAGGACAAGAUCGCCAACUACUGGAAGGGGCGCCCUGGCGAGCUCGCGUCGCGCUGGACGCGCUUCGGCGCCAUCUCGGCGCCGUGGCUCACGUCCCUCGCCAACGCCUUCAUCCAGGGCAAGCUCGAGGAGCGCCAGGCGCAGAUCGCCGCGGACGCCGUCUCCAACCUCGAGAAGCUCGGUCCCACGUUCAUCAAGCUGGGCCAGAUCCUGUCGAUCCGCCCGGACGUGCUCCCGCCGCCGGUGAUGAAGGAGCUCGCGAAGCUCCAGGACGGCCUGCAGACGUUUCCGACCGACGAGGCGCGGCGCGUGAUCGAGCAGGAGCUCGGGCGGCCCGUCGACGAGGUCUUCAGCGAGUUCAGUGCCGAGCCCGUCGGCGCGGCAUCGCUCGCGCAGGUGUACCGGGCGCGCAUCCGCGAGACGGGGCAGGAGGUCGCGGUCAAGGUGCAGCGGCCCGGCGCGCUGUCGACGAUCAGCAAGGACCUGUACGUCAUGCGGCGCGCGGUCGGGACGUACGAGGGGCUGGUGAAGCGGUUCUCCGCGCAGCAGACCGACUACCAGGAGCUCCUGUCGACCUUCGCGGAGGGGCUGUACACGGAGAUGGACUUCCGGAACGAGGCGCUCAACGCGAUGCGCAUGAAGCAGGUGCUGGAGGAGUCGGAGUUUGCGUCGAACGAGCUGGUGAUCCCGCAGCCGGUGCUGGAGCUGACGACGCGGCGCGUGCACACGAUGGAGUGGAUCACGGGCGUGAAGCUCGUCGGGCUCGACCCCGCGGAGGUCCGCUCGCUCGUCAAGGUCGGGCAGGAGGCCUUCCUGACUCAGCUCCUCGAGGUGGGGUUCUUCCACGGAGACCCCCACCCGGGCAACCUGCUGAAGAUCACCGAGGGGCCCGAGGCCGGGAAGCUCGCGCUGCUCGACUUCGGGCUCGUCGCGGAGAUCCCGGCGCGCGACCGCGAGGCCAUGGUGUCGGCCACCAUCCACCUCGCCAACCGCGACUGGGACCAGCUCGUGACGGACUUCGUCGCGCUGGGCUUCCUCCCGCCCGACGCGGACCGCGGGCUCAUCAUCCCCGUGAUGGAGCGCGUCCUCUCGCCGUACCUCCGCGGCGGCGGCGCCAAGUCGUUCAACUUCCAGGCACUGAGCCAGGACCUGCUGGCCGCGACGCUCGAGAUCCCGUUCUCCGUGCCGCCGUACAUGUCGCUGCUCGCGCGCUCGAUCGCGACGCUCGAGGGCAUCGCGCUCGUCGGGGACCCUAACUACCAGAUGGUGGCGCAGGCCUACCCCUUCGUGGUGCGCAAGCUGCUGCGGAACGACUCGAACCGCACGGGCGCGAUCCUGCGGGAGAUCCUGUACGACGGCGAGGGGCGCAUCAAGACCACGCGGCUGUCGUCGAUGCUCAACGCCGCGCUGGGCUUUGUCGCCGACGAGGUCGACGGGUUCGUGGACUUUGACGCCGUGCCCGACGACGGCGCGUCGCUCGCCGACGUGCUCAAGUUCCUCCUCUCAGAGGAAGCGCGCGACCUCCGCCCGCUGCUCACCGCCGAGCUCGCGUCCGGCAUCGACCUCUUCCUGCGCGACCGCGGACGCCGCGCCUUCUCCCUCCUCCCGACCCUCGCGCCGCGCCUGCCCUUCAUCGGCGCGCUCCCGCAGCCCCCGCCGCCGCCGCUCCCCGUCCCGGGCCUCGGCCUCGUCCCCGCGGAGCGCGCCGUCGACAUGUUCUGCCCCAAGCUCGACGCGUCGGAGGAGAUUUACCUCCAGAGCUACGUGGACCUGGCGGCGACGCUGCUCGGCGUCGACGUGGGCGACCUCGAGGCGGUCGUGCCGCCGCCGGACGCGGUCGCGCGGCUGCUGUUCUCGCCGUCGGAGCAGGCGCAGGAGCUGCAGCAGGCGCUGCUGGACGUGGUGGGGUCGGGGCAGGACUCGCGGGAGGCGGCGGUGGCGCAGGGGAUCGCGGAGGACGUGAUCGAGGAGCUGAUGGGCCGCGCCGCGGACCGCGCGGGGGUGAGCGUGGAGACGCUGUUCCCGUUCUUGCCCGCGGGGGGCAUCCGUAGGGAGACGGGCGGCGCGGCGGCGCGGCCGACGAACGGGGCUGCGCGGAACGGGAGCCGCAGCGGACGUGCGCGGGCGUCGUCGAACGGCAACGGCAACGGCGCCUCGUACAGCAACGGGAACGGGAACGGGAACGGGAACGGCAACGGCGCGUCGUACAGCAACGGCAACGGGAACGGUGCUGUGUACGCGGGUGCCGGGGCCGCGAUGACGUCGGACGCGAGCGACGUGCACAAGAACACUGUGGUGAUGCGCGAGUUGUAG